GUGACGCGCCAAAGUUAUUCAAGCAACUACCAGUCUGUGAGUUCUGAUUUGAUUCGCAUAUAUCCUCGAUACUACUCGUCGCAAGCAUUUCACGCCAAUUGAAGCACAAUAUAUCACCACAAAGCCAAGUUUUACUCAACACACAUUCUGCCCGGUUGCGAAUCACCGAAACUCGUCAAUCGCCAAUCGUCACAAGAAUCUAAGAAUCUAGCAUAGGAUGGCCUUUCGUGGAGGUAGAGGAGGUGCCAGAGGAGGUGGUAUAAAAGGCGCAACAUGGGAGCACGAUGCUACCUUGAAAUUAGACUUCACACCAAGUGAAGAUUAUCCACGUCAUCCCAAUCUCAAACGACCAUCUCCUCUCACCCCCCAAGAACGCACGCAAGUAAAAUACUACCGCACGCUCCGCGACAAAAUCCACCGCGGACCCCUCUACACGCACUCCACGAAACGCGACACCGAUGCGCCGGUCCGGACCUUUGGAGAAAAGCAAUUCAACGAACAAUAUGGACGACAAACCAAAGCGGAUUUCGAUCCUUUCCUCGGCGUCGAAACAUACAGUAUGAAGUAUCAACGAAAAAAGCGAGCUAUUCCUUUAGUGAGCGGGAUGAAUUUUAAUAAGGAGUUUUAUCCGCAGGAGUUAUGGUCCGUGUUGAGUGGAGAGGAAGAAGCAAAGACUGCAAAGGACAAUGCUGCGUUGGCGGCGAUGGGAGAGGAAGAUCCUUCGGAGAAGACUCGAGCGCUGUUAGCGAAGAUUCAACAAGCGACGGGUGUAGAGGGGGCAGAGGGAGAGGAGGACUUGGGAGAAGAAGAAAUUGAGGAGGAACAAGAUAAUGAUUAUGAGGAUGAUGAGGAGGACAUGGGCGGAGAUUACGAUGCGGAGCAGUACUUUGAGAAUGGCGAGGAUGAUGAUGAUGAUGGAGGGGAUGGAGGAGGUGGAGAUGAUUAUUAAUUUUGAGGGAAGACUUGCGUGCAUUAUAUUUCGAUUUGAGGCGAGGAGUUUGGGGGAAUCUGGUACUUAUAUGGAAAUUGAUCCAGCAGGGGGAUUAUGGAAACCACAUCUGCUAUAUUGCAUAGGCGUAACGAUCUUCGAAAGGAGAUAGGUCUUUUCAAUCUCAGUAGGAAGCAUUUAAGAAAGACUCAAAAGAGAUACAAACAUUGCACUUCUAUCAAAAGAACAUGUGUGACUGGACCAAGACCUGCACCUCUUACAGAAGUUCUAUUGCUACUCAGAUAUAGACUAGAAAGAAAAGAAAGACGGCCAGAAAAAGACAAACUCCAUACCAAAAGCAAGAAAUUCAGCUCUCCUCCUUCUUCUACCUACAUGGAAAUAUGAUAUAGAGAUAAUCCGUCCA